AUGGCGAUAAAGUGGUAUGUGCUGUGGAGUUCACAGAUAACUUGGCUAGUGAUAGAUCUUGAUGCUCUUUUCAAGGGUAGAUUGUGUUGCUUUCCCAAAGAUCCACUGGAGGAUGUUGAGACUUGGAGUGAGUCUGUGGACAAAGUCCUCAGUUGUAAAGCUGGACAGAUAGCUUUCCGGGAAUUCCUGAAGUCCGAGUACAGUGAGGAGAACAUACUGUUUUGGCUCGCCUGUGAGGAGUACAAAAAAAUCAAGACGGUCCCAGAGAUGAUCUCCUCUGCGAACAGGAUCUACUCAGAGUUUGUCCAAACAGAAGCGCCCAAACAGAUCAACAUAGAUUGCGGUACUAGAGAAAACAUAACAAAGAACAUCUCCCAGCCGACCCUGACUUCGUUUGAUACAGCGCAGAAGCUCAUCUACAGUCUGAUGGCCAGGGAUUGCUACCCGCGGUUCCUAAAAUCUGACGUGUAUCAGGGACUCCUGAGGAGAACACAUUCAAGGUGACUGUCAAAACUGACAGCCUCUCAGACGGAGGCUCGCAAACUCUUCUCUCCAACUCAGAUCUGUUGUUGCACUCUUUGAUUUCAGCACGGGUUCAUGCCAUACAGUCCAGAUACUGAGUGUAGCAGAAAUAGCUUUUCUCAGCCUGUGUAAUUCAGUAGACAGCUAAAGAAAAUAUAUGGCUUGUAUUAUGCUUUAUCUCUUUAAUUAUGUUAAGGUAAAAAGAGACUGUGCACAUAAUUCUUCUAUGAUUAACUAUUUUCUCUCCUUCACCCUAUGAGGUUAAUAAUAAAAAGAAUUCCUUUAUU